UGUUCUUGGUAAUGUGAACAUGAUGUCGCGAGAUGAGGUCGUUAUCACUGACAGGCGGCGACAUUGAGGAAGUAAAUUGUGUAUGUGACACGACCCCAACAGCAGCGUAUCAUAUGACCUCGUCAAAUUGUUCCGGGUCGGGAAUAUUCUUACAUACCGACAUUUGGCGGCUGUCUGAUGUGCCACGCCCACCAGUUCUUGGAAAUGUCACCCCAGAAGUUGAUAUCAAAUGACUGAGGACACGUUACACAUGCUGGGAGAUAGAAAUGAAAGGGACGAAGCCUGUUGCCUCCUGUCUCCGACCUGUCCCAACGUCACCCAGUCAUCAGAGGUGUCAUGACCGCCUACCUCUCCCCGAGUCCAUCUUCUACUGGGUGGCCGGUGUAGGCAGUAUCAUCUACACCUUCUACAUCGUGCACCUGGAGUCCCAGAAAUUCUUCAUUAAUCUCAACAAGGAGGACUUUGUGGAGGGAUGGAAGUUUCUCCCUUAUAAGAAGGAUAUUUCAAACUUUGAAUGGAAUUUUUGGUCAAGCUACUUCUGGGAGAUUCUGCCAUGGGGAAUUGGUCAUGUGGUCAUAGCUCGAACAGUGGACACCUACUUCUGCAACCUUCGUAAACCAGUGUUUCUGACGUACUCCCUCGUGAGCGUGUCGUAUCUCCUGGGAUACCGGACGGUGCUGUUCUUCAUCUCACAUGGCUGUAUCUGCUACCUGGCCUCCUCCGUCGGCAGCUUCCCCCUGGUGUGGGUCGUCAGUCUCCUGCUGCUGUCCACUCUCAACUACAGCAGCUUCACUCCGUGGAUGAAAAGUUUAUGUGCGAUUCCAACGGAUCCGACCGACAGUGGGUACUACUUCUUCAUCUUUGUUUUGGCCCUCGUCAUUCUGCGAUACACAAGCUUUUGUCUGGAACGCAGCAAAUUCGUGCAAGCAAGGUCAAGUAACUCUCAUCGACAGAACCCAAAGGAAGAUAGCUGCUUCUCUAUUCUUGAUCUGCUACUCUACAUUUUCUAUCUGCCAAUCUUCUUCACAGGACCGCUUCUCACAUAUGACCAAUUCAGACUACAGAUCUCCUCUCCCACCCCGAGCUGGAACACAGACAGGGUACUCCAGACCUUGGGUAGCUUCCUACGGGUGUUCUUCUGGUCAGCAUUCAUUGAGCUGUCUCACCACUUCCUGUACCAUGAUGCCUUGCUGCGGUCGCCGGCGGUGAUGGAGCAGGUGUCGUUGUGGUGUCUGCUCGGCGUUGGCUACAUUGAAGGGCAGCUGUUCAUGGUUAACUACGUCGUCCUGUACGGCCUGCCAGCACAAGUUGCUAAACUUGACGACAUCGAUGUACCCAAGGAGCCUAAGUGUAUAUCACACAUAUACCGCUACUCUGACAUGUGGAAGUACUUUGACAGAGGUUUAUACACAUUCCUAAGAAACUACAUCUACAUCCCCCUGGGUGGGUCCCAAGCCGGGAUGCUGAUGCGGCUGCUGGCGUCCAUGAUGUGCUUCCUCUACAUCUACGUGUGGCACGGCCAGGAGAAGUACCUCCUUCUGUGGACAAUGAGCAACUUCUGUGGCUGCUCCCUGGAGCUCAUCUGCGGACACAUCGAGAAAACCGCCAUGUACACCCGCAUAAAGGAUGCCUACCUGUCCCCGGCGAUGAUGAGGAGGAUCCACUGCGCCCUCUACACGCCCCUCUUCCUCAUGUCGGUGUUUGCCGUCUUUUACUUCUUCAGCGGCCUAGCGGUGGGGGACAUCUUUGUCAAGAGACUUGUGACACAUGCCUCCAUGGAGACGCGGCUGAUUAUGUUCGGGGUGAUCUAUGUGAACAUCCAGAACGCUAUGGAGAUAGAGAGAUGGGCUGCACUCAAGGCCAAGCAGCACACCUCAUGAGUCUGCCGGCACCAAAAGCCAGAUGCUGACCGCAGACACGCUGGGAGGAGUGAAAAGGACAGGAACAUAAUGUAGGCUUAUGCAGGGAGAAAUGGGACUUGGGGAGUGGGGAAGUUGCUUUGAUAAAGAAAAUGACAGCAACUAAUGAAUGGAAGAAAAACCCAUCUCCAGAAUGCUGUUGAAGAGUUGUAUUUAUUGAGAAGUGCUUCUUAGUGAAUAGGUUAAUUUUGAGGCCUUACCGAGCUUUAUGAGAUAUGCAACAUUAAACCAUUUCCUGACCAUCCACCGUAGUGGAUCCUGGGGGGG